AAAAAAAUCAGUUCCACAGAUCCAUCAACAUCAAUGGUUCACAUGUACAGAUUCACUCACAGGAUGAUUGAGGUCAUCCAGGAUGACAAUGCUCAGGACAAUAAGACAGUAGUGCCUGCGGAGGUCACUCUUGCUAAUCUGACAAUGUUUUCAACUGUCCUCUUCAUGACAGAAUUCCACAAGAUGGGCAUGGGAGACUCUGUAGACAUUUCAAAGACGUGCAACAUGUCUGAAUGGCAUCGUCGUCUGUACGCAGGAACAAGGAAACAAGCUUCAAAUACCAGUCGUGAGGACGAGGACGAGUACAUUGAUAUCCUUACUUUGCUACCAAAGCCAAUCCCAGAGGCUGGGGUAAUUUAUGCCACUACAUCCAAAAGUCCAAAUGAUGCAUCUGACAAAGAAAAAUUCACUUCGUUCCUGUUUGCUCAUCACAAACAAUCCAUUGCUCAAACAAUCCCAUCAUUGCCAUCACAAGGAGCUUCUAUUGAUAAGCUGUCACCCGAAACUCAGGCGUUGAUAUCUAAGCUGGGUGUCACACAUAUCUGGCUGUGUGGAUCAGACCCAGAGCAGCGACGACAUGGUCUCAUGGUCCAAUGUCUGAACCAGCUUGAAAAAGACGUUUAUACAUGGAAGUCUUCCGGACAGGCUUCUGGCAUAAUAACUGUUCAUACGAUCCCUCAAGCGUUCCCAGGAAUGGUUCACUUCUUGACAAAAAACGAAUUUCAAGGCGGUGACAAGGUAGUUGGCGGCGAUGCUGGGAAAGUUCUCUUUUGGAAGGAAGUGUAGUAAGAUACAGUCAGAA